AUGUCAUCCAGAAACCUGGCUGUGGGGAUCUUCUUCCUGUCCCAGACUGCCCUAGGAAUGCUGGGAAACUUGGCCUUACUUUGUUGUUUUAUUUUUGCUGACUUCACUGGCGUCAGGAUGAAGCCCAUGGACAUGAUUGUCAAACAUCUGACCCUGGCCAACAUUGUGGUUCUCUGCAAAGGAAUUCCUCAAACAAUGGCUGCUUUUGGUCAGAGGUAUUUUCCAGAUGACAUUUCAUGUAAACUUAUGUUUUAUUUUCAUAGAGUUGCCAGGGGAGCAUCCCUUGGUUCCACAUGCCUUUUGAGUGUCUUUCAGGCCAUCACUAUCAGCCCCAGUAAUUCCAGCUUGGCACAGCUCAAGUUUAAAGCCCCUAGGAUUAUUGGUCCUUCCCUGGGCCUCUGCUGGGUCCUGUACCUACUUGUAAAUAGCUUCAUUAUUAUGACAGUGACUGACAUAAGAAAUAAAGGAAAUCUUACUGAAUUUAGACAAUUUGUGUACUGUUUUGUAGUAAACAUUUCCAAACUUUCCAAAUUUUACAUUAUAUAUCUGAUCCUAUUGGUCUUCAAUGAUGUCGUGUAUUUGGGACUUAUGAUAGGAGCCAGCGGCUCCAUGGUGUUGAUCUUGUUCAAGCAUAAGCAGAGGGUCCAACAUAUCCACAGAUCCCUGUCUACUAAGUCAUUCUCUGAGACCAAAGCCACACAAAGUAUUCUUACACUAAUGAUCAGCUUUGUGGUCCUUUAUGGAAGCUCUGUGAUCUUAAUUUUGUAUUUUCCCUUUCAGGAUGUAACACAUACAUGGCUGGUCAAUGCCAAUGUGGCCAUGAAUGCGUGCUACCCAGCACUCUGUCCCUUUCUGCUCAUCAGACACUAUACUAGGGUUUUUCAGCUCUGCAGUACUUGA